AGACGGACAGGGGAGGACUCGACCAAAUAUGGUCAUUGUAGGAGAAGCGACUCAUGCGGUUGAUGAGUCCGACCAAGGGUCCAAAGCUUUCAUAUCCGGCCGACCAGAGUCUUCUUAGACGGGUCUCUGUAGGCCAUGCAAUUCCGCCAACUCUGGUUUCUGGAGUAGGAAAUACGAAGCUCGUCCUUAUCAUAAAGGAGAGAUAGAUAGAAGCAGAUAACUAAAGGGCGUGUCUAUUGAGCUAGAACAGAGAGCAAACGGCUUUCUGUGAAACCACAGAGUCAUGGCCAUGGGGACGCGCCUUAAGGUUCUUCACCACCGGGAGCUCUCUUCCAUCACCAUUUGUAAGUGCCCACUAACUCCAGACAGCAAAUGCCACACUUUUCUUCAACUGUUCAACUCUAGGUGUAAAUUUCCACAAAACUUUCACGACGGUGCUGCACUACCCGUGUUGGAAAUUCAUAGUAGAAACAUAGUGAAAAUGGUGGGUGAUGCUCAGAAGUGCCAGUGCACCAAAGUUACGAACUCUGGUGUCCUGGACGUUCUAAAUUCUGGAAUUUCUGGUUUGAAAUGCAAAGGCGAGAAGGCCACAAAAAGUUACAGGAAGAAGAUGGCUAUGGCUAGUCCAGUAGAGGAGGAAGGCAGCAUUAAGGAAGCAAGGUCCACUAAAGCCCUAGACUCUAGGGUCCUUAAAGAGUUAAUUUUGAGGAAUGAAAGUGGGGAGGUUAAGGUAUGCAAGAAACCGAGGGAGUCUUUGAUGAUAAACAGAAAAAGGAAGAAACCUAUCGGUUCCACGCAGCAGGCUCAUUCGGUAGUGGCUAAAAACUCUGAAGCUUCAAACGAGUUUAAUUCUAGGAUCUCCAGUUGGAAUACUGGAAGUGAAGAUGAAAGGAAAAAAUACGCAAAGACUCUGGUCAGAAGUCCAGAAGAAUUUAGAAAAGCUAGUGAGAGAAUAGAUGCUGCUAAGAGCUCAGAUGCUGAUGGUAUGGCACACUUGGACUCAGGGUCCCCCAGUCAGAGUUCCAGAAAGGAGGCGGUACCCAAGAAGACUAAGAAAGGCCAGACUGAUUCUCCAGGAACACAAGCAAGAAUAGGGUUGGAUAUGUGUUCUAAGAGAGGUGACGUGAUGGGAGCAAUUGCUUUAUACGAUUCUGCUGUGAGAGAUGGGGUGAAGUUGAACCAGUAUCAUUACACUGUUCUUCUGUAUCUAUGUUCAUCGGCUGCAAUGGGGGUAGUCCAACCUGCAAAAAGUGGCAGUCGGAAUCUAAACCCUGCAGUUUCAAGAGGGACUGAAGCUGAGGAUGAAUUGGGAGAAGACGUGGCUGAAUGUGUGAAGGACUGCAAUCAAGGGGAGACUAAAAUGCAGCCUUCAAGUACGUUCUCUAAUGAAUCGGAUGAAAGCUGUGAAGAGGAUAAGGAAAAGAAGAGCGUAAUUUUGGUAGGAGGCGAUAUUAAACAGUAUGCACUUUCUAGAGGGUUUGAGAUUUAUGAAAGGAUGACAAGGGAGGAAAUUCCUAUGAAUGAAGCAACAUUGACAUCAGUUGCUCGGAUGGCAAUGGCAAUGGGCAAUGGAGACUUUGCGUUUGACAUUGUAAAACAGAUGAAAGCCAUGGGUAUAACUCCGAGAUUAAGGUCUUAUGGUCCUGCAUUGUUCUGCUACUGCAAUAGUGGUGACCUCGAUAACGCUUUCAAGGUUGAGGAACAUAUGCUAAGUUCGGGAGUUUAUCCAGAAGAGCCUGAGCUAGAAGCUCUUCUCAAGGUAAGCAUUGUGAAUAGUAGAGCUGACAAGAUUUAUUAUCUGAUGCAUAAGCUCAGAAAAAGCAUACGACAAGUUCCCUUGUUAAUGGCAGAGUUGAUAGAGAAAUGGUUCAAAAGCAAGGCAGCUUCUAGAGUGGGGAAGAGAAAAUGGAAUCCAGAAUCAAUAAGUAAGGCAAUGGAAAGUGGAGGUGGUGGUUGGCAUGGCCUAGGAUGGCUAGGAAGUGGAAAGUGGAGUGUGGUGCGUACAACCAUUGGAGAAGACGGCAUUUGUAGACAUUGCAAAGAGAAGCUUGUCACCAUAGACACUGAUCCGAUAGAAACUGAAGCUUUUGCAAAUUCAGUAGCAUCCAUAGCUAGAAAGAGAGAGCGGGAUGCAAGCUUUCAAAAUUUCCAAAACUGGCUUGACUAUUAUGGACCUUUUGAAACUGUAGUGGAUGCUGCAAAUGUUGGCCUUUUUAGCCAGAGACGAUUCUCAAUACCUAAGGUCAAUGCAGUUGUCAAUGCAAUGAGACAAAAGUUUCCUUCAAGAAAAUGGCCAUUGAUCAUUGUGCACAACAGGCGUAUUAAAGGAGGCAGGGCAGAUGAUCCCCCAAAUAGAAGGAUUAUAGAAAAGUGGAGAACUGCUGAUGCGCUUUAUGCCACUCCAACUGGAUCAAAUGAUGAUUGGUACUGGUUGUAUGCAGCUAUAAAGUGUAAGUGCUUGCUGGUGACUAAUGAUGAAAUGAGAGAUCAUAUAUUUCAGAUGCUAGGGAAUGAUUUCUUUCCCAGAUGGAAAGAAAGACAUCAGGUGCGCUUCAGUUUUAGUGAUACUGGUGUCAAAUUCCACAUGCCUCCAUCUUGCUCUGUGGUGAUUCAGGAAUCAGAACAAGGACAUUGGCAUGUCCCUGUGGCAGCAGAGUGUCAUGAAUUUGAGAAAGAAAGAAUUUGGCUAUGUGCAUCGAGGGCUAGACGGAGCAAACCUGCCCAGAAGUCAACAACAAAGUCCAAAGAUAUCUAUAAUUGUGAGCCAGAUGGUGGUCCUUCAGCAUCUGCUGCCGUCAAGAACAGAAGUACAACUUCAGAAAAUUCUCAAGGAAUGGCGAAUUCCUGCAAUAUGGAGGAAGGAGGACAAAGAUUGCAUACACAGGAUGGACAAGCAUUACUUAAAUCCUUUUCCCAACAUCAGACUGUCUCAUCUCAAAUAAUGGCAGCUCAAAGACUUGGUGGAUGUGUUCUUGAUUUUCAGAUAUGAGUUAUUUCAGCUGCAAAAGAAACUAUCUUGUUCUAUUCAUUGUCUUUGUUGGUGCCGUCAGAUGAGCCUAUGUGCAUUUUUUCUUUUGCCAUCAAGCUGCUAAUUGUACAGAUUCGGUAGAUAUUCUCCCUGUUCAAUUCUUUCAAUCUUGUAUUCUUUCAGGAGGAUAAUUAUGGGAACACUGAAGUUAGAAUGUUCUAACAAGGAAAUUCAGAAACUGAUGGUGUAAAAGUCAGUCAAAUGCAAGGCUCUUUGUUUAUUACCUGUCACCAGGAGAUCUGAUCCAAGCGACUGAUCUUUCCAGUUCACAUCGGCUUCACAUGUAAAAGGCACCAUUGAACAUAGCAACUAUUAUAUUCUUUAU